AGGGUAAACACACACACGGUACGCACACAUCGCGGAAAUGAUUCAGUUCUACUUCGAACGGUUUUUAGAUGCCUUGAGUCACGUAAAAUGUGACAAAUUCCACACAUUAUGGAGGAUCUAGUGACAGUCAAUGUAGGUGGGUGUCUUCACACGACGACCAUUGCCACCCUGACCCGCUACCCGGACUCCAUGCUGGGUUCCAUGUUCAGCGGCCGCCUGCCUACCUCGCGGGACUCCCACGGCAGCUACAUCAUCGACGGAGACGGUCCGACCUUCCGCCACGUGCUGAACUUCCUCCGCCGUUCAGCGCUCUGCGUCCCGGCCGACUUCAGCGAGUGGGACCUGCUGGCGGCCGAGGCGGACUUCUACCAGAUCCAGGAGCUGAUCGAAGCGGUCAGGUCGCUCCGUGAGGAGCGGCAGGUUAAAUCCGACCCCCCUCCCCUUUCCUCGGAGAUGGAAUUCAUUGAGAUCGUGACAGAUACCAGUUCGAAGGAUUUCACCUACUGUGGAAGCCAGGGCACCCUGAACCAGAUCCCGCUGUUAUUGGGGUUUUUCCAGGCCCACUCGAUGCGAGAGAGGAACGUGCUGAGGCACUUGGAACGGGACGGGGAGGUCACAGCCAGACACGGCGUGGUGGCUCCCAACCGCAUGAAGAUCUUCCAGGAGAUCUCCAAGCUGGGAUUCCAGCUCCUAAACAAAUCUAGUUUUGGAGAAUUGAACCGAUCCGAGAGAUGGUUGUUUGGGCGGGCUUUUCCUGACUUAUGAUGACGGACAGUUUUUAGCUUUAUUUC